GACGCGUUUACCUGGGCGAGACAGUUGCUCCUUGCGAGGCAUGGUCAUGCCAUGCGUCUUCUUCCUAACUUUACUUGGAGCGGAAGUGGCCAGCAAAUCCUCUGACGGUUCGGAAUCCAAGCUGGAAUGCUGCAUGGAUGCGAUGGAGGCCAACACCACAUGUCUUGCCAGCAACCAGUGCAGUCCAGGCUGCUACAGGCGUUGGAACGAAGAUGGCAGCAGCAGCUGCAUCAAAUGUGAGAAUGAAACUGUCGCCGCAACACCUGUUUACAACCUGACUGACUGCCGUAACAAUGCUGCCAGAGGAAUGAAUCCCCAAACAAACUUUACUACCAUCACCCCAGUUACACUUGGCACAGGGGGACCAGAAAUAGCUGCUUUCCUCAUUUUUGGGACCUUCAUUAUCAGCCUUUUCCUCAUACUGUGUGUCGCUUUCUUCUUCUACCUCAAACGCGCCAACAAACUUCCAAACCUCUUCUAUAGAAGAAGCAAAGGGACUGUUGUACAGUCUGCUGAAUCAGCAUCAAUGUUAUCUCCCCCUUCUUCAGUCCGGAAACCUCGCUAUGUCCGAAGGGAGCGAUCGCUCAUGCCCUCCAGUACCAGCGCCACUCUUUCCGCAGAGACCAGAGUCAGCAACGUGUAACUGACAAUGUGGAGCCCAAGGAUUUGUAAAUACCGGUGCAGCCAACAAAGCGUGCCCUCCGUCUCCAGCAGAGUGCCAGGCAAUGGGCAGAAGUAGCCAGCUGGUGAGAGAUAAGAGCUGGUAGGCCUGGCGCUAGUGGGCUUGUGCCAACAAGCAUGGAACAAAGAAAUGCGAACUUGGAGUUUAGCUUUAGAAGAGUGGCAGUUUCAUAAACUGCUCUUAGGCAGCAGGCUGCUGAGUAUCUGUUUUUUUGUCCUCCGUUCCUGGAUUAUAGCAGUUUGCUAAAAGACUUGGCUCCUCUUGGGGUGCUUCAAGUUCUCCGUGUGAUAUUUCUUCAGCACCACCAUCAUUUGAACUGAGGCCUGGUCACAACCAGAGAGCCACAGAACUGAGCCACUCAAGGAGGUGGGCUGCCAUUCAGCACCCACCUUCUGACGUUAACACAAAAGUGCCACGUUUUUGAUCCCGCUGGGAAGCUUUUGGCCUCUCUUGGCGCAAAUAUUUUAUGGCAUGCCUUCAGGAGGCAUUCUUCUCAGAGAUGAGCUAAGCUUCCAACCAGAGACUGCGCUUCCCUUGGACCUGCGAGAGGUCUCACCGUCUCCUUUGCUUUUCGGCAGGUUGUGAAUGAGGCCUUAAGCUCCUUGCAGUGUUGCCAUCACUAGUUUUGCUUCUCUCUCUUUUUGAGUGAGUUUGCAAAGGCUCUUCCUCAAUGAGAGACAGCUCCACCAGAAGCUCUCUCACAUAUACAGCUCCACCGGGUUUUGAUGGGAGUGCUUAUGAAACCCCUGCACUGACCAGCUCACAAAGAUUGGGAACAAGGAGCCAGGCCUGCCAAGAAUCAGCACACUCCUAGUUGCCUCUGCUCCCCAGAUGUGAAUCUGAUAGACAUUACAGUGGUUGAUCCAUUUCCCACUCAUCUUUGCACUCAUUCGCUACUCCCCAAAUAGUUGCUCUGUGUCCUUUAGGCAAGGCCUGGUGCCUUUUUAGUACAUGGCAGUUUCAGACACCCAGAGUCAAAACCUUUUUGUUUCCAGCAAACACUCUUCUGCUGCUCACUCCAGAUCCUGCACAGAUUUCACACUCUUUCUUCUCUUCCUCACAAAGAGUCCUCCUUACCCAUCCAAAGAGGAUACAGGACAUGGGCAGGAAAAUGUGAAGAUGUUUGGAUUUGCUCGUGUUUUCUGCUUGUCUCCAUUUUUAAUGACUGGAAAUGUAACUUGGAAUGCAGUUUUCUUCCUUUUUGUUAGGCAAAACCUAUUUAUAAAAUGAUACGGAUACAAGCCAGGGGAGCAAAGGGGUGAGAGCAGCUCCCCUUCUCGAGUCUGUAGGCACUCCGUGCCAAAUGUAGAAACCUGGUCUUGAAACGGCAUAUUGGCCCCCGAGAAUGCCUUUGCAACACUUGGGAGCCAUCCACCCAAAGACAAACCAGAAAUGAGCACCUCUUGGCCCUGUUAUUUCUUGUCACUGGAGAUGGUUGGUUUUUUUUUUUUUUGGCUUGUUUUGUUUAGAUCCUUCUCACUCCUUGCCCCUGGUCCCAUUGGACUGAUCCAGUUCCACAUAGGUGGAAAUGUGACUGGGCCAGUGGAGGUUCUGAGUUUCCUUUCCCCCCUCUAGGUUGGUCAAGAUACUAUGCAAUGAUGCCACGCAGUUUCCUUAUGAACUAAAGCCAAUACUUCCCUUCCUUGUGCAUUUGUGGCUUAAUUUAAAUGGGAGGGCUUCCCCAAUUUUAGUUUAGUUGUGUGACAAAAGCCCUUCUUUUUCCACUCCUUGACCCUGAAGCAUAUGCUUACAACUUCUUAUAUGAGUAAGAUGAGUAUUCUUGUUUCAUGCCCUAAAUUGUAAAACUUCCCACUUUGAUUUUAGUGAGUAUUCUGCUGCACCAUUCAGCGUAGGGCAAACUGUUCUUAGCCCCAGUGUCGUGUUGGCAAGUUUGGGGAUGCCAACGGAUAGAUGCAGCGGCAUCCUUUUCUUAACCUUUCUCCAGUGUUGUGUCAAAUGCAAAAUGUGUGUUUGUGUAAAUCUUACUUUUCCACUCCCCCCUUUCCCUCACCCCCUUUACUAGCUUUAAUAAAAGCUCUUCAA